AUGCUGCGCGGUCUAACUUUACUAGCCACACUGUCCCUGGCGGCAGCUGCUCCAUCCCAAUACGACUAUAUCGUGAUUGGGGGCGGCACGAGCGGCCUGGCGGUGGCUAAUCGCCUUUCCGAGAACAAUCCACAGGAGAACGUUCUGAUCAUUGAGGCGGGUGAUUCCGUUCUCGAUAAUCCCAAUGUGACCGCUGUGGAUGGCUAUGGACUUGCUUUCGGUACACAGGUCGACUGGCAAUACGAGUCCGUGAACCAGACGUAUGGCGGCCAUACUCGUCAGGUUCUUCGCGCUGGCAAGGCCCUCGCCGGUACCAGUGCUAUUAACGGCAUGGCAUAUACCCGUGCGGAAGACGUGCAAAUCGAUGCGUGGCAAGCGAUUGGAAAUGAAGGAUGGACAUGGAGGAAUCUUCUCCCCUACUAUCUGAAAAGUGAGAACUUGACCCAGCCGACCACGAUGCAAGUUUCCGCGGGCGCGGCUCCUAACCCCGCGUGGAAUGGAAAAGACGGUCCUCUUAAACUGGCAUACUCGGUCACCUCGCCUAGCCAGUUGACGGCCUUGCUAAACCAGACGCAUCAAAAUCUGGGAGUUCCCUGGACGGAGGACAUCAACGGGGGCAAGAUGCGGGGGUUCAGUAUCUACCCUUCGACGAUUGAUGCGGAGGGUCAGGUCCGCGAGGACGCAGCCCGCGCGUACUACUGGCCGUACCAGUCUCGAGAAAAUCUGCACGUUCUCGUUAACACUUUUGCCAACCGGAUUGUCUGGCGCGAGGGCCUGGGGAAGAACAAAAACAAGGGCGACAUCACAGCCAGUGGUGUGGAGAUCACCUCUCACAAUGGAACUGUCAGAGUGAUUAGUGCGAAGAAGGAGGUUAUAAUCUCCGCGGGAUCGUUGAAAUCACCCGCUCUUCUCGAGCUGUCCGGCAUUGGCAACCCAGAUAUCCUAAAAAAGUACAACAUACCUGUCCGUGUUAACCUGCCCACUGUUGGCGAGAACCUCCAAGACCAGAUGAACAGCGGCAUGGCCGCGACAUCUCGCACCAAUAUCACUGACGGCUCUGCUGUGGUGGUGUACCCUAAUGCUUACGACAUCUUCGGGAACGAGACCACUGCCGUAGCCAAUUCCCUCCGAGCCAAUCUAAAGCAGUACGCUGUGGACACAGCCAAGGUUAGCAGGGGAAGCAUGAAGACUGUGGAUCUCGAGCGGCUAUUCGAGAUCCAGCACGAUCUGAUCUUUAAGGAUCGUACCCCUAUCGCAGAGAUCAUAUACACGCCCGGCGGCGCAGCUACCCUGUCCUCCCAGUUCUGGGGCCUCCUUCCUUUUGCUCGGGGUAACGUGCACAUUGGCUCGUCGAAUCCUCUGCAGAAGCCGACGAUCAACCCGAACUACUUUAUGCUGGAUUGGGACUUGCAGAGCCAUGUGGCCAUUAACAGGUUCAUCCGCCGUACAUUUGAGACUGCUCCGCUGCGCGACCUGGUGGCUGAGGAAUCCACCCCUGGGUUCUCGGUUGUUCCUCGAGACGCAUCGGUAGAAGAUUGGAAGGAAUGGAUGUUUGAUGGGCACUAUCGGUCGAACUUCCACCCUGUGGGCACUGCCGCCAUGAUGCCCCGAUCGCUGGGCGGCGUGGUAAAUGGCCAUCUGAUCGUGUACGGCACCACAAACGUGCGGGUAGUAGAUGCGUCCGUGCUGCCCUUCCAGGUGUGCGGACAUCUGGUCAGCACCCUGUAUGCGGUGGCCGAGCGAGCAGCGGAUCUUAUCAAGGAUGAAUCUGUGUAG